AUGGGUUUGAAAAGAAAGAGACAACUUAAAAGAAGAUUGGUCGAUAGUGAUGAUGAUGAAGAUACGUUUAUAAAUAACAGUGAUUUUGUUCCAGAUCAACCUAGCAAUGAAGAUAUCGAUGAAGAUAAGCUCUCUAGCGAGAUUUCUAAAGAGAAGAGUAUUGAAAAUGAAAGCUCUAUUCAUAAUGGAAGCGUUUCUAAGCACGAGGAUGACCUUGUGCACGAUCAAUUUGUUGAUGCCGAUUCAAAAAUAGCGAUUGGCGCCAUGAAAGAUCAGGACGUCAAGUCAAUAAAUGGAGGUAAUGGGACAUUGGGCCAGGAAAACAACGUAAUAUUGAAUCAGGUGAAUCUUUUACCCCCACCGCCGACUGUUAAGGAAGUACAGGAAGAAGCGGCGAAUGGCAGUGGAUUGAGCUAUUCGCAACAACAGGCGACAAUUCAACUUCAGUCACCAAGUAAGAGGAAGGAAAAUUCAUCUCAAACAUCAACUAAACCUAAUGAGCCUAGGUUAGUAAUAAAUAAAUUGGUAUUGACAAAUUUUAAGUCAUAUGCUGGCGUUCAAGUGAUCGGUCCGUUUAACGCAUCGUUUUCAGCUGUCGUUGGGCCGAACGGAAGUGGUAAGUCAAAUGUGAUUGAUUCUAUGUUAUUUGUUUUUGGCUUCAGAGCACUGAAAAUGAGACAAGGGAAGUUAUCAGAAUUGAUUCAUAAUUCUGCUGGUGGAAAUAAGUUGGAUUAUUGCCAAGUAGACAUUCAUUUCAAUCACGUCUUAGAUAGUCCUGAAGAUAACGCUAAGUCUGAAGCGAUAGAAAACUCAGAGUUGAUUAUAAGUCGUAAAGCUUUUAAGAAUAACUCUUCCCAAUACUUCCUUAAUGGUAAAACAAGCAAUUACUCUGAAGUUACAAGUUUUUUACGGGACAAAGGCAUUGAUUUAGAUCAUAAGAGAUUUUUGAUUUUGCAAGGUGAAGUUGAAUCUAUUGCUCAAAUGAAAGCCAAGGCUGAACGUGAGAAUGAUGACGGAUUGUUAGAAUAUUUGGAAGAUAUAAUAGGUACUACGAAAUACAAGCAGUUGAUAGAAGAAAACUUGACUAAGGUGCAUGAAUUGAACGACGUUUGUUUGGAAAAAGAAAAUAGACUAGAUUUGGUUGAAAAGGAUAAAGAACUGCUAGAAGAUAAAAAGGUAGAAGCUUUAAGAUUUUUGGAAAUGGAAAAGAAACUUAUCAGUAAGAAGUCUAUUCAAUAUCAAGCAAGCAUCAUUGAGAAUAAAAAGGUUUUAGAUGAAAAUCUGGAUACUGUUAAUGAUUUAGUAGCGAAGCUAGAAGAAGAGAAAAAUUCUAAUAAGGAGCUAGGGCAAGGAAUCAAGGAAUCUACUAAACAACAUGACGACAUGGUUAAGUAUAUUUCCAAAUUGAACGAUCAAAUAAAUUCUAUUACGAAAAAGCAAAAACAAAUUAAUAAGGCUAAUGUUGCAAUUGACGAAAAGAUAAAGAAUUUAAGUAACAAAUCGAAGAAGAUUUUGAAAUCGAAGGAGACACUGGAAAAGACAGAGGCAACGUGCGAACAAAAGUUGGAGUCAAAUAGUAAAGCAUUAAUUCAAUCUAAGAAUGAAUUGGAUGACUUGACAAAUGAACUUGAGGUGGAAAAGAAUAAAUUAGAUGAAAUUAGACUGAAAUUAACUGAUAAAACAUCUGACUUCACGAAACAAAUAGAGUCUUUGCAGACUAGAUUAGAGCCGUGGAAUGACAAACUAAAAGAAAAAGAAAGUGCAAUACAAUUGAUGAAUUCGUCUAUUGAAAUGUUGCAAAGCCAGAAACAAAGUAUUUCCAAACAAUUAGAUGACUCCAAAGAAAAGCUCAUCCAAAUUAAGACUGAAGGAAAGCAAAAAGAAUCUGAACUCCAUGAAGCUGAAACAAAGCUAUCUCAUAUUAUUAACCAAAUUGGGAUGGGCGAGGAACAAUGCAAACAUGAAAAGAAACAGUUAGAAUUGAGGAAAUCUCAAGUGGCUACUUAUAGGCAAAGAACGCAAGAUUCGAUGAAUUCGCUUUCCAAUUAUCAAAAUAAAAACAAGGUUUUAUCAAGCCUAAUGAGACUAGUCAAGUCAGGACGAAUAGAAGGAUUCUACGGCAGAUUGGGUGACUUAGGUGUUAUUGAUGAUCGAUAUGAUAUCGCUAUAUCUACCGCAUGUCCCGCGUUGGAUUCGAUGGUAGUUGAAACAGUCGAAACAGCUCAGACAUGCAUUGAUUAUUUACGUAAAAACAAGCUUGGAUAUGCAAAUUUUAUCUGCUUGAAUAAAUUGAGAAAAUUUAACUUAGCACCAAUCCAAACACCAGGGAAUCCUGCAACUGUUAAAAGAUUGUUCGAUUUAGUAACUCCUCAGGACUCCAAGUUCUUACCAGCCUUCUAUAGUAAGGUCUUUAACACAUUAGUAGCGUCUGAUUUACAAGAGGCUAAGAAAGUAGCAUAUGGCGCCAAGCGCUUUAAAGUCGUAACAUUAGAUGGUAAGGUGGUUGACACGUCCGGUACGAUGUCUGGUGGUGGUGCUUAUUUUGCCAAGGGUGCAAUGAGAUUAUCGUCUUCUGCACCUAGUUCUGAUGCGAUGGAUAUAAGUCCUGAUGAUGUAGAGCAAAUGAAGGAAGAUUUGGCGACAAUGGAGAAUAAAUUUGAACUUGAUAGUAGGGAGUUCCAAGAAAAAAUGCAAAAUUUACGUAAAUUGAAAGAUAUGAGACCAGACAUUGAAUUUAGUAUUUCAAGGUUAAAGUUGGAUAUUGAUGCCUUAACAUCAGAGAAGAAGGAAGUCCUGAAAGUUUGUAAGACUCUUAUUGCUGAAAGUGAAAAUGACAAUAACAGCAAGCAGUUUGAUAAACAAAUUGAAGAAAAGCAAAGAGAAAUGCUGACGUUACUAGAAGGCAAACAUGAAUUGAAAUCUAACAUGAUCGAUUUAGAGUCUCAAAUUAAAGCAUUAGAAGAGAAGAUAAUGAAUGCUGGUGGUGUGGAAUUAAGAUUACAGAAUUCAAAGGUUGAUUCCAUCAAACAGAAAAUUGAAAUCAUUAAUGAAAGGACAUCGAAUGGAAUGGCUAUAAGGAAGUUAGAAAAUGAUAUUAAGAGACACAGUAAGAUCAUUGAAGAAUCAAAGAAAGAAUUAGAAGAAACGGAGAAGGAAUUGGCUGAAAUUCAAUCCCAACAGCAGGGUUCUGUUCUCGAAGCUCUUACGACCGAGAUUAAAGAAAUAGAGAGUGAGAAAGAAGAGAAAGAAGAGAGCUUGGAAAAUAUUAAACUUGAAUUGGAAGAAAGAGCUCAGCAAAUGAAUGCCUUUAAGUCCACGGAAAUAGAAAUCGAGAACAAGAUUGAGAAACAUAAUUCAAUAAUAAGAAAAGCACAACAACAUAUAAAUAAAGAUGAGGAGAGUUUACAAGGAUUGAUAAUUCGUGACGUAACCCCAUAUAUUGAUUGGCUUGACGAAAGUGAACAAGCUAAGUAUAAUGGUGCAAUAAUAGAAGAAGUUAACGAAGAUUCAUUACUGACUCUUAACAUGAAUGAGGUCGAAGACGAAAUCGAAGAACUAGAGAAAUAUAUGAGUACUGUUAAAGUUGAUAUUGAGGUUUUGAAGGAGUAUGGUUCGAAAAAAUCGGAGUUUGAAUCCCGUAGGAGCGAUUUAAAUACUGCAGUUGAAGAAAGAGAUGAAAUUAAAAGUUAUUGUGAGGACUUAAAACGUAAACGAUUGGAUGAAUUCAUGGAAGGAUUUAAUACUAUAUCUAUGACACUAAAAGAAAUGUACCAAAUGAUAACUAUGGGUGGCAAUGCAGAAUUGGAAUUAGUGGAUAGUUUGGACCCAUUUUCAGAAGGUAUCUUAUUUAGUGUUAUGCCCCCGAAAAAGUCAUGGAAGAAUAUUUCGAAUCUAUCGGGUGGGGAAAAGACCUUGAGCUCAUUAGCGUUGGUUUUCGCAUUACAUAGAUACAAACCAACUCCAUUAUAUGUCAUGGAUGAAAUUGAUGCUGCAUUAGAUUUUAGAAAUGUUUCAAUUGUUGCUAAUUAUAUCAAAGAAAGGACCAAAAAUGCACAAUUCGUAGUUAUUUCAUUACGUAACAAUAUGUUCGAGUUGGCACAACAGUUAGUUGGAAUUUAUAAAGUUAACAAUAUGACUAGAAGCAUUUCGUUGCAGAAUAAAGAUUUUUUGGGCAAUGUAAAAUAA